AGGGGCACGCACGCCGCCCGCCCAAAACACAGGACUUUUCGUUUUAAUAUACAAAAAAAACUUUCAUACAAAAAAAUAUAGAUAGACUAUUUUAUAUAUAUGGUCUUGCAGUGAUUAUUUCGUGAUGAAAUAUUUUCCGAAAAUGUGACGUUUUAAAAUUGUGACUUUGGAAUAUUCAACGAAUCUUUGUUUAUAAGAAUUGAACUUUUAGUACCUACAUAAUUGUUGUUCAAUGUUUCUUAGAUUAAAUGUGUAUUAUUUGUUCAUGAAAUGGCUGAUUUGUUUCGGAAAGAAAGCAAAUAGAAAUGCCAGCUAAGGUUUUUGGAUUUUAUGAGAGCACCUGAGGAUGCGGCGUGAUGUUCACCAACAGUACCGAGGAGGUGGCGGAGGAAGCUCGCAUCCACGCAGUGGCAGCUCUGGUAGCGUUGUACGUGUUGGUGUCUGCUAUUGGAAUCAUUGGCAAUAUAAGCCUAAUGGCGGCCCUGGCCUCAGGGGGCGCUGCCAGACUCCGGACGCCGCAGCUGCUGAGCGCCUGCGCAGCCGACUUCCUCGUGUGCGCCGCUAGCGCACCGCUGGCUGCCACCCGGGCCGCUAGGAUACAUUACCUGCCGUGCCAUGUUAUCUUUUACAUCGAGUCAUUCCCAGUAGCUGCCAGUACGCUCUCGCUGGUGGCGAUCGCGGCGGACCGUUGCGGCGUGGUGCGGCGCGGACAGGGCUUCUGUGCUAGACCCAUUGUGGUGGUUGUGAUUGUGUGGAUCAGCGCUUUUUUGCUUGGUGUGACAGCAGUAAUAACCACAUGCGUGCCGUGCCCGCCCCUGGCCGCAGCCCACGCCCUGGUCACAUACUGCUUUCCAGUAGCAGCCGUUGCCAGAUGCCACUGGGCCGUGAGGGUCAAACUAACUGCGUUGUCGCUAACCGCCCGAGCGGCCCACGGGGAACUCCCACUCCCAGUGCCACUGAUGAGAAGACCGACACAUGUCAUCAUCGUAGCCGGAGUGGGCCCCCGGGAAAGACGCGACGCGGUCGACGUCGGCGACGUCAGAAAGAAGAAACUUCAACCCAGCCUCUUGGGACCUCAACCGCAAACGUCGACGCUGCGCUCGCGACGUAGACUCGGCAACGUGCUUCUGGGUAUAGCAGCCAUCUUCGCUGUCUGCUGGUGCCCUCACGCCGCGAUCGUCAUUUGCAGCGCAUUCGGCCUGCACGCUCCAUUGGUGCUGAAACAAUAUGCGCUACUGCUCGGGUAUGCCCACUCAGCUAUAAACGCAGUCGCGUACUGGGUGUUGAACAGGCACGCUCUGACGUCAGCGUGCGCAGCGUGGCGUCUCCCGCAGCUGAGGGUCCGGGAGGAGAGACCUUCUUCGACGAACGAGGCAGCACUCGGAGCGUUCCACCCCCGCCUCGCCCGCCCCGCCCCCUCCCCGCGGCCGCCCCCCUCUAGCUUCCUCUAUUGAUGUCCGUCUAUCUUCUAAGCUCUGUCUGUGAUUCCUGUUUCUCAGUGCCUCGUAUAGUCUACGGCCGCCCAAUUUCGCGGGUGCGUCGCUCGUUUCGUCGUUAUAAACGUGGUUGUUCGAGAUUUUAUGGAGAAUAA